GAAACCCCUGAUUAACCCAAGAUAAACUCUUGUCAGUUUACAUGGAAAAAGGCUAAAAUAUCUGACAUGCACCAUUCUCUUACAACUGUCCAGCCUGACUUUGUCACAUAAGACAUCUCAUUUAAUAGCUGUUUCCACUACUAGGUAUACAAUCUAUAACAGGAGGAAAAGGAUGAAAAGAUGGCUGACUUCUCUCUACCAUGUUCUAACAAUUUCUGCAAGUUCACGCGUGAAUCCUUGGCUGCUAUUGAGAAGCGAAUCGCUGCCAAGAAGGAAUGCGUAGGUCAGAAGCCUGAAGAGAAACCUCGGCCCCAGCUUGACUUGAAGACUUUCCAGAAGCUGCCUGCUCUCUAUGGAAAUCCCCCUCAGGAGCUCAUUGGGGAACCACUGGAGGAUCUUGACCCUUACUACAGUGAUCACAAGACAUUUAUGGUACUGAACAAAGGAAAAACAAUCUUCCGAUUUACUGCCACACGUGCCUUGUGUAUACUUAGCCCUUUCCAUUCAAUCAGAAGAGAAGCGAUUAAAAUUUUGGUACACAAAUUGUUCACUAUGUUUAUUAUGUGCACUAUUUUAACCAAUUGUGUCUUCAUGGCUAAUUCACUUGACUCUUCUGGCUGGAGCAAGUAUGUUGAAUACACUUUCACUGGCAUUUACACUUUUGAAGUAUUGAUAAAAAUAUUGGCAAGAGGAUUCUGUCUGAAUGAAUUCACUUUCCUUCGAGAUCUAUGGAAUUGGUUGGAUUUCAGUGUCAUUGUUCUGGCAUAUGCAACGAUAUUUAGUGGUCGACGCAGUGUUUCAGUCCUUCGCACAUUCAGGGUUCUGAGAGCUUUAAAAACCAUUUCAAUAGUCCCAGGACUGAAAGUCAUCGUAGGUGCACUGAUCCAGUCUGUUAAGAAACUUACUGAUGUGAUGAUCCUGACCCUUUUCUGCUUGAGUGUCUUUGCCCUCGUAAGCCUCCAGCUCUUUAAGGGCAAUUUGAGACAUAAGUGUGUCAGGAAUUUUAACUACACCAACGGGAAUAUUACUUUAGAUGAUAAGACGUGGCGCUCACUUGACUCGUUUACUAAUGAUUCAGAAAAUGUUCUCAAGAAGAAUGGCACCAAUGAUAGCUUGUUGUGUGGCAAUAGCUCAGAUGCUGGCACCUGUCCAAUUAACUACAGAUGUCUCAAAGUCGGGGAAAAUCCUGAUUAUGGAUACACAAGUUUUGAUACAUUUGGCUGGGCCUUUCUUUCCUUGUUCCGCCUGAUGACACAGGAUUCCUGGGAGCGUCUCUAUCAACAGACUCUCAGAGCUUCUGGGAAGAUUUACAUGCUCUUUUUUAUGGUGGUCAUCUUUCUGGGCUCAUUUUAUCUGGUCAACUUGAUCCUGGCUGUAGUAGCAAUGGCAUACGAAGAGCAGAACAAAGCUACUAUUGCUGAAACUGAGGCAAAGGAAAGGAAGUUUCGGGAAGCCAUGGAACAGUUAAAAAAAGAGCAAGAGGCAUUGGCUGAUAAAGGAAAUGAUAUGUCACUUUGCUCUUUUGAAAUCUCUCCUUUACCCUCAAAAGAAGUCAAAGAUAGAAGCAACAGAAGAAAGAAAAAUAAGUCCUUAGGGAUAGAAGAUUAUGGGGAAGAUCAAAAAAUUCCCAAAUCACAGUCCAGUGAUGAUCAACGAAAGUCGGCUCUUCUUGGUCUUACUUAUGGUGCCAGUGCAAAUCAAAUGAAGCGCAGGCUCAGCCAUGGAAGCAUAUUCAAUUUCCAGAUAUCUGGCAGAGACGUUGGCGCCAAAGCUGAUUUUGGUUCUGAUGAGAUCAGCAGUGCUGGGGAAAAUGAAAUCCAGCGUGGGUCACUGUUGGUUGCACGGACUGGAAGACUAUCGAGUGUGCAAAGUCAAAUGAGCCAUAGUUCUUACCCUGCUACUCCAAACUGCAUGCAAAAUGGCAAGUCCAACAGCACAGAUGGUUACAAUGGCGUGGUUUCAUUAAUGGGAGGAGGAAGCACCAGGGCAUACAGUCUAGAACCACCUGCUCCUGAAGGGUUAUUGCUCCCCACAGUUAUGGAAAACCCUAGAAUAGGUGAUUUGCAGAGCCCUUUAUGUGAUGAGGCGAGCAAGAUGCAUUUGGCCCCUCGUCUGUCAGUGGAUUAUUUUAAUGAGCCACUUCAAAGACAAAGGGCAGCAAGUGCAAUCAGUAUCAUGACCAGUGUCCUGGAGGAACUUGAAGAAUCACAACGGAAAUGCCCUCCAUUCUUGAAAGAUUUUGCCCUAAAGUAUCUUGUAUGGGACUGUUGUCCACUAUGGUUGAGAAUCAAGAACAAAAUAACAAUUUUAGUAACGGAUCCAUUUACUGACCUCGCUAUCACUCUUUGCAUUGUGAUGAAUACUAUCUUCAUGGCACUAGAGCACUAUAACAUGACACACAAAUUUAAAUACAUGCUUUGCGUAGGCAACAUGGUCUUUACUGGCAUUUUUACUGCAGAAAUGGUCUUGAAAAUCAUUGCUCUAGAUCCCUAUUACUAUUUUCAGCAACGCUGGAAUAUUUUUGACAGCAUAAUUGUCACCAUAAGCUUAAUUGAACUGGGUAUACCUAGAGGUCAAGGCAGAAAAGGAGGAGGAACCCUAUCAGUUUUACGUUCUUUCAGACUGCUGAGAGUCUUCAAGCUGGCAAAAUCCUGGCCAACUUUAAAUACCCUCAUUAAAAUCAUUGGUAACUCAGUGGGUGCCCUGGGUAACCUCACCCUGGUUCUGGCGAUCAUAGUCUUUAUUUUCGCCGUGGUAGGAAUGCAACUUUUUGGGGAAAAAUAUGCUGAAGAAUGCUGUAAAAUAAGUGACGAUUGCAAGCCACGUUGGCAUUUUAAGGAUUUUUUCCACUCAUUCCUUAUUAUAUUCCGAAUUCUGUGUGGAGAAUGGAUUGAGACCAUGUGGAGUUGUAUGGUGGUAGUUGAUAAACGACUAUGCCUUCCAGUCUUCUUGCUCGUCAUGGUGAUAGGAAACCUAGUGGUUCUCAACCUGUUCAUUGCACUACUUCUGAACUCAUUCAGUGCUGACAACCUCCAAGCACCUGAAGAUGAUGGAGAGAUGAACAAUCUUAAGAUUGCAUUUGCUCGGAUCCACAGGGGACUUCAGCUGGUGAAACACACAACGUGGAAUUACUGUUGUGGACAGUGCCAGCAUCCAAAGAAAGCUGCCAAAAAGAAAAAAAAAUUGGCUGCCAACAACGCAUGUGUGGAGGCUGGGAAAGAAGGGAAAAUUUGUAAAGAAAAUCACAGUAACAAUGGGGCUGAGAAACAUGGGGACAAAUGCUCAGUUAGCAUUCUUGAAAAUUUUAUCACCAACCCCAACAUGUUUGUCUGUGUCCCUAUUGCUGAGGCAGAUUCUGAUAGUGGGGAUUAUGAAGAAGAUGAUAAGCCAACCACAUUCUCAGAAACUGAGUACAGUAGACAGCACCUGGAUGACAUCAGCUGUUCUGAAGGCAGCACAGUGGAUCUGACAAAUCCUGAGGAGCUUCUGAAACAGAUCCCUGAGCUGGCUGAAGACUUAAAAGAACCUGAUAACUGUUUUCCAGAAGGCUGUGUUCGACAUUUCCCUUGCUGUGUGGUGAAUAUCACAAAGUUUCCAGGCAAAACAUGGUGGAACCUGAGGAAAACCUGCUACAAAGUUGUUGAACAUAGCUGGUUUGAAAGCUUUAUCAUAUUCAUGAUCCUGCUGAGCAGCGGUGCCCUGGCAUUUGAAGAUAUUAAUCUUCAUAAAAGAAACAACAUUAAAACCAUGCUGGAAUUUCUUGAUAAAGUCUUCACUUAUAUCUUUGUCUUCGAAAUGUUUCUGAAAUGGCUGGCUUAUGGCUUCAGGAAGUAUUUCACCAAUGCCUGGUGUUGGCUUGAUUUCCUAAUUGUAAAUGUCUCUUUAGUAACCCUCAUAGCUAACUCACUUGGAAGUUCCAAAAAAGGCAUGAAAUCCCUUAGGACUCUCCGAGCUUUGAGACCAUUAAGAGCAUUGUCACGGUUUGAAGGGAUGAGGGUGGUUGUAAAUGCAUUGAUAGGUGCCAUCCCUUCCAUCAUGAAUGUUCUGCUUGUCUGCCUCAUUUUCUGGCUCAUUUUUAGUAUCAUGGGAGUGAACUUAUUUGCAGGAAAAUUUGAAAAAUGCGUUAAUUUCACAGAAGAAAAUUCAAAAUUAAAUGCAAAUAUAAAGAACAAACAGGAUUGCACAGCCUAUAAUGACACACAAAAAAUAUAUUGGACAAAUGUUAAAGUCAACUUUGAUAACGUUGGUUCUGGUUAUCUGGCUCUUCUUCAGGUGGCGACAUUUAAAGGUUGGAUGGACAUUAUGUAUGCAGCAGUAGAUGCACGAGGGGUAGACGAACAGCCAGAGAAGGAACAUUGUAAAUACAUGUACCUCUAUUUUGUGGUUUUCAUCAUCUUUGGAUCUUUCUUCACACUGAAUCUCUUUGUCGGUGUUAUUAUUGACAAUUUUAACCAACAAAAGAAAAAGAUAAGUGGACAAGACAUCUUUAUGACAGAAGAACAGAGAAAAUAUUAUAAUGCAAUGAAAAAACUGGGAUCCAAGAAACCCCAGAAACCUAUCCCAAGGCCAUUGAACAAAUACCAAGGGUUUUUAUUUGACAUCGUAACAAACCAAGCCUUUGAUAUUAUCAUCAUGAUUCUCAUCUGCCUUAACAUGAUCACUAUGAUGAUAGAAACUGAUGAUCAAAGUUCAGAGAAGACUGACAUUCUUUACAAAAUCAACCUACUCUUUGUUGCCAUCUUUACUGUAGAAUGCAUCAUGAAAUUAUUGGCCCUAAGACAGUACUACUUCACCAAUGGCUGGAACAUUUUUGAUUUAAGUGUUGUCAUCGUGUCCAUUGUUGGCACUAUGCUCUCUGACAUAUUUGAAAAUUUUUUCUCACCUACACUCUUCAGAGUCAUUCGCUUGGCUCGAAUUGGACGAAUACUAAGACUUGUCCGAGCUGCCAAAGGAAUUAGAACUCUCCUUUUUGCCUUAAUGAUGUCCCUUCCUGCUCUGUUCAACAUUGGCCUCUUACUUUUUCUGGUCAUGUUUAUUUACGCCAUUUUUGGCAUGGCUAACUUUGCUUAUGUUAAGUGGGAGAGUGGGAUUGAUGACAUGUUCAACUUCCAAACCUUUGCUAACAGCAUGCUCUGUCUCUUCCAAAUCACAACAUCUGCUGGCUGGGAUGGUCUUCUCAGUCCUAUUUUAAACACUGGACCUCCGUUUUGUGAGCCAAACAUGGGAGAAUGUGGUAAACCUGCUGUGGGUAUUAUUUUCUUUGUUAGUUACAUCAUUAUAUCAUUUCUCAUUGUUGUAAACAUGUAUAUAGCUGUUAUUUUAGAGAACUUCAAUGUUGCCACUGAGGAAAGUACAGAUCCUCUAGGUGAAGAUGACUUUGAUAUGUUUUAUGAAGUCUGGGAGAAAUUUGAUCCUGAGGCAACUCAGUUUAUUAAGUAUUCGGCACUUUCAGACUUUGCAGAUGCUCUGGCAGAACCUUUACGUGUAGCCAAACCAAACAAAAUUGAGCUCAUGGCAAUGGAUCUUCCCUUGGUCAGUGGAUAUAGGAUCCACUGUUUGGAUAUUUUGUUUGCUUUCACUAAACGGGUGCUAGGAGAAUCUGGGAACAUAGAUACUCUAAAAGUACAUAUGGAGGAAAAGUUUAUGGCUGCCAAUCCAUCCAAGCUUUCUUAUGAACCAAUCGCAACCACAAUCAGACACAAACAAGAGGAAGUUUCUGCCAUUAUUAUCCAGAGGGUUUACAGGAGUCAUUUGAUGCAACGUUCCAUGAAGCAGGCCUCUUUUUUAUACCGUCAUAGAACCUGUGAUGGUGAUAUCCUUGAAGAUGCUCCAGAGAAAGAAGGCCUCAUUGCAUUCAUGGUGAAUGAAAAUUAUGGUAGAAAUUUAGACAAGUCAGAAACUGUGUCCUCAACAUCUUUCCCUCCAUCCUAUGACAGUGUCACUGGGACCGCGAAUGAGCACCUUGAGGUGAAGAUGGCAGACUCUCCGCAAAGUGUUGAACCUACCAAUUGUCCACUAUCUGCAGAGAGAGAAAAGGAAUCAAUUGUUUAAAUUUUUGUUAAGAAUGCUUUAAAAUAUUGUUCCCAGCAUGUAAUGAUGUAAAUAUACAGCAAUUGAAGCAGCCUUCUUAUUAAACAUUAGUUGCAAAAGAAACAGUGGUGGUUUUACCCUUAACUGCAGAAGUUGGUAAGGUAUUUCGACCCUGCUACAUUCAACUUUGCUUAAUGUUUAUAUUUAUAUAUGAACAGGAAGAAUCUGUGUAUGGUUACAGCUGUUAUAUCAGUGGCAGUACCAAGUUAAGGCAGAAUCCUUAGUAUGUGGUUACUGUGGCCCAGACGUAGUGUUGAUAGAGCUGUAUUCCACUUACUUCUGCUAAUCAGACAUUUACUUCUUUAGAUUGGUUUGCUUUGUUGGGGAGCAAGUUCAAGGAAGUUAAGUUUAGUGGUGUCUAGAAAUAAAUAUCAGUUUAAGUUUGGGUUUUUUGGAAGUAGGGAGGGGGUUGAAAUGUAGCCUUAAUUCAUUCCUAAUUAACAUUUUGAUUAUAAACCCGGUAGAUUUAUGGCUCACAAUCUGUUCAGUCCUGUGUUUCACAUAUCACAAGCAUAAUCAUUGCAUGACUCAUUGAUAUGACAUAGUGUACUGGAACUCCUCCAAUAUGAUGAAUUUAAACAGAAU